CUUGGACACCAGCAGGCCAAUCCCCAAUUCAUGCUCGCUGGGCGCUUUCUUCUGCGCUCCCACGCAAAAUCAGCAGCUUGGUCAUAUGUAGUCCCCCGCGCGCGAGCAGUCUUCUUGAGAGCAUUCCACCUCUCGCCCGCCGCCUGUACUGCUGUCGAUAUGGAGAAAGUGAACACGACCGCGCGACUCGCCGAGCUUCGCAAGCUCAUGAAGGACCGCCAGGUCGACAUCUACAUGGUGCCCUCUGAAGACAGCCACCAGUCCGAGUACAUUGCGCCCUGCGACGGCCGCAGAGAAUUUAUAUGUGGCUUCUCUGGCUCAGCCGGCUAUGCCGUCAUCACGCACGAAAAGGCGGCACUGUCGACCGACGGGCGCUACUUCAACCAAGCCGAGAAACAGCUCGACAGCAACUGGGAGCUCCUCAAACAAGGCCUACAGGAUGUUCCGACAAUCUCAGAAUGGACGGCAGAUCAGGUCGAAGAGGGUAAGGUCGUCGGGGUCGACCCCCGCAUUGUGACUGCCGCCGACGCGCGCAAGCUCGGCGAUAAGAUUAAGAAGAAAGGCGGAAAGUACAAAGCCAUUAGCGAGAAUCUCAUCGACCUAGUAUGGGGAGAGGAGAGGCCACCUCGGCCAUGCGAACCAGUCCGGGUGCAGCCGUUGGAGUACUCGGGCAAGAGCUUCCAGGACAAGCUGGAGGAUGUGAGGAAAGAGCUGGAGAAGCGGAAGAGCGUGGGCUUCGUGGUUUCGAUGCUGGACGAGGUUGCCUGGCUCUAUAACCUGCGUGGCAGCGACAUCCCAUACAAUCCUGUUUUCUUCUCGUACGCUGUGGUCACGCCCAAGGCGGCUAGCCUUUAUGUCGAUGAAAGCAAGCUUAGCCAGGCGGUCAGGGACCAUCUCGGAGAAGCCGUUACAAUCAGGCCCUACGAUAGCAUCUUUGAAGAUGUUGCUGCACUGAGUGCUAAGUCGCAGCAAACCAACGACGAAUCAGGCGAGAAUCCGAAAUAUUUGACCUCGACAAGGGCGUCGUGGGCACUGAACCAGGCUCUUGGUGGUCCGGAGCGUGUUGACGAAGUGCGAAGUCCCGUUGGUGAUGCCAAGGCUAUCAAGAACGAGACCGAGCUCGAAGGCAUGAGGCAAUGCCACAUCCGCGAUGGAGCCGCACUGACCGAGUACUUCGCCUGGCUGGAAGACCAACUCGUCAACAAGGGGGCGACGCUAAACGAGGUAGAUGGUGCCAAUAUGCUGGAAGCAAUGCGGAAGAAGCACGACCGUUUUGUAGGACUAUCCUUCGACACCAUCUCGUCCACUGGGCCCAAUGCCGCCGUGAUUCACUACAAGCCAGAGAAGGGUGCAUGCUCCAUAAUUGAUCCAAAGGCAAUCUACCUCUGCGAUUCGGGCGCGCAAUAUCUGGAUGGGACAACAGAUACUACUCGCACCCUACACUUUGGCAAGCCCACCGACAUGGAGAAGAAGGCCUACACUCUUGUGCUAAAAGGAAAUAUAGCCCUCGAGCGUGUUCGAUUCCCCAAAGGUACAACGGGGUUUGCGUUGGACACGCUGGCUCGGCAAUUUCUUUGGGCCGAAGGACUCGAUUAUCGGCACGGCACCGGCCAUGGUGUCGGCUCAUUCCUCAACGUUCACGAGGGACCAAUUGGCAUCGGCACCCGCGUGCAAUACUCUGAAGUAUCAUUAUCGGCGGGCAAUGUCAUCUCCGACGAGCCGGGAUACUACGAGGACGGCAACUUCGGCAUCCGCAUCGAGAACAUGGUCAUGGUGAAAGAGGUGGAGACGAAGCACAAGUUCGGAGAAAAACCGUACCUGGGCUUUGAGCGUGUCACGAUGACCCCACACUGCCGUAAUCUAAUAGAUGAUAGGCUGCUAACAGAAGACGAGAAGAAGUUCAUUGACGAGUACCACCAGGAGGUGUUCGAAAAGACAAGCAAGUACUUUGAGAAUGACAGUCUCACUAUGGCAUGGCUGAAGCGAGAGACUGCGCCGUACCAAAAGACGUGAUUUUCUUGCUCGAUGUCUCUCGUAACCAUUAUUGGGGUAGGUCCCGUCGGUAGGCACAUUAGCAUUAGCAUCUGCAGAGCUGUUUAUCAUGGCGGUUAGGUCCAGCAUUGGCGGCUAAGCGGCUCGUUGUCAAUUGUAUACAUCAUCAACUGCAUUGAUACCCUGUCUUUAGGCCCUUCAAAGGCUGUUCGACCACGGAAAACCACAGUCGUGAUUGCCUUGUCACUCACCCAUCGUCGGGGCUGAC